AUGGCGGCGAAGGGUCUGCCUAAAAUCCCGGAUGUUCCCCUACCCAGUCCAACUUCUCCCAACACAACACCUACACCUACACCUACACCUACACCCACACCUACACCUGUUUUGACUAAAGCCCAAGUCAAAGACUGUAUGGAAGGUGAUGGGGCAUCCUACCGAGGAACAGUCUCUGUGACCGAAUCAGGCAGGACGUGUCAACGUUGGGACAGUCAGACACCCCAUGGGCACACUACGACCGCUGCUAACUGGCCUUCAUCCGGGUUGGAUCAGAACUACUGCCGGAAUCCUGACCACCAACUGACCCUCUGGUGCUUCACCACGGAUCCCGGCAAGAGAUGGGAGUUCUGUGAUGUUCCACACUGUUAUGGGCAACUCGCUCAAACCAAAGACUGUACGGCAGGCGAUGGAAAAUUCUACCGAGGAACAGUCUCUGUGACCCGCUCGGGCAGGACGUGUCAACGCUGGAACAGUCAGACACCACAUAGUCACUCAAGGACGCCUUCCAACUACCCUGCAUCCGGGCUGGACCAGAACUACUGCCGGAAUCCUGACGGGGAAGAUACCCUUUGGUGCUACACCACCGAUUCCGGAAAGAGAUGGGAGUUCUGCGAUGUGCCAUUCUCCCAAGACGAAGACUGUAAAGUGGGUUACGGGGACACCUACCGAGGAACAGUGUCUGUGACCUACUCUGGCAAGACGUGUCAGCGCUGGGACAGGCAGACACCUCAUAGCCACGACAGGACGCCCGCCAACCACCCAUCCUCCGGACUGGACCAGAACUACUGCCGGAAUCCUUACGGCGCGUCUAGCGUCUGGUGCUACACCACGGAUCCCGGCACGAGAACUGAAUUCUGUGAGGUGCCGUUCUGUAAAGAUUCACUCGACUGUAAGGUAGGCAAUGGAGCAUUCUACCGAGGAACAGUGGCUGUGACCCGCACGGGCAGGACGUGUCAACGCUGGGACAGGCAGACACCUCAUAGCCACGACAGAACGCCUGCCAACUACCCUGCAUUCGGGCUGGAGCAGAACUACUGCCGCAAUCCUGACGGCAUAUCCACCCUUUGGUGCUACACCACGGAUCCCGGCACGCGAUGGGACUACUGUGAUGUGCCACUCUGUAAUCCGCCAUUCGCUCAGACCGAAGACUGUAAGACAGGCGAUGGGAGAUUCUACCGAGGAACAGUCUCUGUGACCCGCACGGGCAGGACGUGUCAACGCUGGGACAGUCAGACACCCCAUAGUCACUCAAGGACACCUGCCAACUACCCUGCAUCCGGGCUGGACCAGAACUACUGCCGGAAUCCUGACGGAGAAGACACCCUUUGGUGCUACACCACGGAUUCCGGAAAGCGAUGGGACUACUGUUACGCACCAACCUGUUAUACGCCAUUCGUUCGAGACAUUAAAAAGAUGGAGCUCAUCUGA